AUGCCCGGCAUUGUGAAUAAUCCGCAGAUAGUGCCUGCUGAGGACAUCAGAAAGGGCAAAUGGUCCGGUUGGGACGGCGUCGAGGCACAUAAACUCGGCACAUGCUCUGUCGUGGCAAUUGCCAACGAGGAAGCCUUUUUGCUCUCUAACAUUUCUUCGGAUGGGUUUAGGGAGGUCACUGCCGCACAAAAGUUGUGCGACCGCUACAACGCAGACAAGUCGUUCUUCGGCGACAAGCCGGUGAAUGUGUGGAUUGUGUACGCACAUGUAAACGAAGGAAAGGGGCGGAGUAUUGUGGACGUUAUGAGGAGGAGAAUCCAACAUGCUCCCAUUCUCGAGCAGAAGUAUGAUGGGGAAUCCUUCAUGCGUCCGCCUACUGAAGCAGGUGCUCUGUUUCGCCUGGAAUUGGCGGGUUGCACUCUCCUGGCUACUAUGCGCCGGCAGGAUGGAGCUGGGUCUCCUGUCGAGGUCACUGACAAUGGGCAGAUUCUGCGUCCUGGCCUAUAG